CCACCCACCUACCCAGCUAGCUCUCCGUCUCUCCCUGGGAAAGAACAGCCCAGUCAGUGUGUGAGUGCAGGCUGGGGAAAAAAUAGGAUGACAACGAGGCAGAAGAAGGUAUUCAUCGAAACUCAUCAAGAAUCAACGGACUCAAAGGCAAGUGAGAAGAACCAGGAUUAGGCCACACAGCUAAAUGGGGGAUUACAGCUUUGGAGUUCUGGUUAAAAACAACGCCUCUAACAAAUCAGUAUUCCCAGUACGGAUUCACCCGCACCUGCAGCAGCAUCCGGUUCACCACCACACGACUCCACCGAGUCCCCCCGCUUUCAUUAACAGCAAUACGCCAGCCAGCGGUGGAAAUGCAGGCUCCGCUUGGCUUUUCCCUGCCGUGACGACCCACUCUAACAUGCAAGAUGAGAUCCUGGAGUCUGACAAAUCAAAGACCCAGCAAGACGACCAAGAAGGACAAGACAAGCAGCCUCUUUCUCCGCAAGGCCACCAAGAAACGCCGAGCAUCAUAUCUGACUUGGACAACAACAUGCCGGAAGACGGGCAGCUGGAGAAGGGGACGGUUGAGAACGGCAAUGGAAAAGAAAGCCUUCGACUGGAAUCUCCAGUGCUGUCCGGUUUUGACUACCAGGAAACGACAGGGAUGGGCACUCUGGCGCAAUCCAGCAGCUCCUCCUCAUCCUCGCUGGUUGGAUUCAGCAGCUGGUCCACCGCAAUCCCUACCAACCCCUCAACCAUGAUCGAAGAGGUGGGUUUCUUCAGCCAGGCUGCCACCACCACCAACGCUCCUCCACCACUGCUGUUCCAGAACUUCUCUCAUCACACCAGCCCAGGUUUUGGCGGUAGCUUCUCCCACCAGAUCGGGCCUCUGUCCCAGCACCAUCCUCCUGCUCCUCCUCCUCCACCACCCCCUCACCCCCACUUCCAGCACCCCCACAGCCAACACCAACAGCACCGCAGGUCCCCCGCUAGCCCACACCCUCCACCCUUCAACCACCGCAAUGCUGCUUUCAACCAGCUGCCUCAUUUGGGGAACAACCUAAACAAGCCGCCGUCUCCGUGGGGCAACUACCAGAGCACGUCCUCCACUCCUUCCUCCAGCUCCUGGAGCCCAGGUGGAGGUUACGGGGGCUGGGGAGGUUCUCAGGGCCGAGAGUACAGGCGGGGUCUGAAUGGAGGAGUGACUGCGCUCAGCUCCAUCUCGCCACUAAAGAAGUCCUUCCCGAAUAACCAGGUUUCAUCCCAGAAGUAUCCUCGCAACAACACGAGCUUCAACACCAAACCCUGGAUGGAGGAUAACAUCAACCGCAAUGACAGCAUCUUUCCUUUUCAGCAGGAGCGCAGCCGGUCCUUUGAUGGCUUCAGCAUGCACUCUCUGGAGAACUCCCUGAUUGACAUUAUGAGAGCUGAGCAGGACUCUUUGAAAGGUCGCUUUGGCUUUUCUCAUCCGAGUGGAGAAGGCUCUCUGUCUGGAAACGCAAGGAAUUAUGGGAGGCGACGAGGUCACUCAUCCCUGUUCCCCAUGGAGGACGAGCGCAGUUUUGGGGAGGAUGAAAGGUCCGAUCAGGGCCUCGGUGGGCUGGGCUCUCCACACUGCUUCCCUCAUCAGAACGGGGAGCGUAUCGAGCGUUAUUCUCGCAAGGUCUUUGUUGGUGGACUCCCUCCUGAUAUAGACGAAGAUGAGAUCACUGCUAGUUUCCGCCGGUUUGGCCACUUGUUUGUGGACUGGCCUCACAAAGCAGAGAGCAAAUCCUACUUCCCACCUAAAGGUUACGCGUUCCUCCUGUUCCAGGAGGAGAGCUCUGUCCAGGCUUUGAUCGAUGCCUGUAUGGAGGAGGAGGGCAAGCUGUAUCUCUGCGUCUCCAGCCCCACAAUCAAAGAUAAACCAGUCCAGAUUCGUCCGUGGAAUCUGAAUGACAGUGAUUUUGUGAUGGAUGGCUCUCAGCCCCUCGACCCCAGGAAGACCAUCUUUGUUGGAGGAGUUCCACGACCUCUUCGAGCAGUGGAGCUGGCGAUGAUUAUGGACCGGCUGUAUGGAGGGGUGUGCUAUGCUGGCAUUGACACUGACCCUGAGCUGAAGUAUCCCAAGGGGGCUGGGCGGGUGGCCUUCUCCAACCAGCAGAGCUACAUUGCUGCUAUCAGCGCUCGCUUUGUGCAGCUGCAGCAUGGCGAGAUCGAUAAACGGGUGGAAGUGAAGCCAUAUGUUCUGGACGACCAGCUGUGUGACGAGUGUCAGGGCACACGCUGUGGGGGGAAGUUCGCCCCUUUCUUCUGUGCCAACGUCACCUGUCUGCAGUACUACUGUGAAUACUGCUGGGCAGCCAUCCACUCGCGCGCCGGGCGGGAGUUCCACAAGCCCCUGGUGAAGGAGGGCGGAGACCGGCCGCGCCACAUCUCCUUCCGCUGGAACUGACCGCGGGGGAGGCGCUGUGGGGCACAGCUGACUUAACUUGCAUACAUGCACUUUUCCUUUUUUUGCUAGUUCCUUUUUAUUUCGAUUUCAAUUUUUUUUAAGUGAAAAGAUUUAAUUUAUUCUAAGUUUUUAAUUUUUUGCAGAUGAUUAAUGAUGAUGACGAUGACGAUGAUGUUAAUGAUGACGAUGAUAAAAGAAAACAGUAUAAUCCCAAUUUCUUUUUUUUUUAUUAUUAUUAUUAUUUUUUAAUUUUGUUAUAAAUCUAAGUUGGUGCGCAUGAAAAAAACUUGAAUGCUUUAGAUUUCUACAUAUGGAUGUUUAGCCUGACUUGACUCUAAAAAAAAAAAAAUUGCUGUUUUAUUUUUAUUGUACUACUGAUGAGGCCUCACUUUUUUUCAUUGUGUUGGGUCACCUUUAGGACGUGGACAGGAUGCACUUGAAACUGGAGUGGACUACAUCCAGAGAAAGAGGCAGGAUCAUUAAAGGUGUAUGUUUCACUGUACUUGCAAAUGGUGAUGACUAGUUCUCAGACACUAAGCUCAUGUAGUUGCAUGACUAAAAAAAAAAAUACACUGAUGCAGGUCUAUUUAUUCGUUCUAGCAAAACAUACGUGGACCUUACUAGCAGGAGACCAAAUCUACUGUAUAACUAACAAAAUGCUGAACUUCUGAUUGGCUGGUUUAGCGUUAAUCGGGGUAGCGGGGUAGCCAGGCUGGGCUGAGAUAAGCUUCCAGCCUUCCUUGGAGAGGUGGGUGAUGGUACAUACCUACACUUAAGAGUUAACGCUAACCGCUGCCAUUUACAUUCACGGAAAAGCAGAACAAAAUCUGUAGAAAUAUAUGCAUUAUAUCUGUACUCACUGCUGUCACUUUGCGGUUAACUUUUUGUGGCCACUUCAACUAAAACAGUCCACUGGCCAUGUGAUCCUACUCCCUCUAUACGCCUCCUGACCCUUCAAACUCGGAAGACGGUGGCCGUGGUGCGGUCAGUGCAGCAGUAAGGUUUUCUGUGACUUAACCAACUAACUCUCGUAUUGCCUGAUCCAAAUUUGCAGACAGGCAAACCAAAGAUAAGCCUUAUAAGAGAUAUAUUAAUAUCAAAAGUCUUGACCUCUGUGAAAUCAUGGAACUGAUUGCUGUGGAAAGCAAAGAGAGGGAGAGUUGAGUGUUUUGCUUGAUUUGGUUUGAUUAUUAAAACAAACAAACAAACAAAACAAAACAAACAAACAAACAAAAAAAAACAGCUGAUAAGAUUCCUUAAGAAAUAACUGGUUAUGGCAGUAACAUUGCUCACUUGUCAGGGAAUUUGUGCUAAAAAGCUAACUUAAUAUUGUAGUACUAAUGAAGAAUUACCACGUGUUGUACUGAUUGAUAGUAUUUGAUUGCAUGACUUUUUUUCCAAGAGUUUUUGCCGUUCUGAUCGAGCAUUGUGGUAGCUGAGCACAUUUCAAAGACUUUUCUGUAAGAGAGAAACAAAUAUUAUUUUAUACAUGGUCUGCUGAUUUUUGUACUGUGUUUUCUAGAUGGUUAUUUUGUCAUUAACAUAAACAUAUGCACUACUUUUUCUAUAUAUUCUUUUUCAAAGUCAUUAUUUAGGCACAUUUUCUUUUCUCACAAAAUGGAAAGUCGUUUUGCGAUACCUCAUUUUUUUCACUUGUUGGGUAUAGAUUUUGUACCUUUGUUACAAAGAGACCUGGAUAUAAGGCAAACCUUAAGAAAAGUUAAUAUAAUUUUCGAUUAAGCUUUUUAUAUGCAUAAAUCUAUAUAUAUAAUAGCGGAAAUUUGAGGAGUAAAUAUUGAAGCGAGCAUGCCGAGAACACCUUUAAGUGUGUGGCACUUAGUAGAAUAUCUAAAUAUUUAAAUAUCUAACAUUUACUGAACUGUUCUCGAUAACGUUGAGGAUUCCUUCCCUUGUUGCUGACUGUAGGAAUAAAAUUACGAUAGGAUGCACCUUGUAUCUCAAUUAGGAAUGUUCCAUAUAGUGAAAUCUCAGUAUGUAUCAGUAAGUAUAAUCCUGAAUGGCAGACAAGCUCAUUUUUGCCAAGUAUGCAUGACCUAAGAUAAAGAUAAUGAUAAUUUGAUAUGGGUCUUGGCUUACGUUUGCAUUUUGUUAUAUUUUUUUUAUGUAACUCCUUUCAAAUCCUCCUUGUCUGACCCAACUACAGCUUCUAUUUCUUGUAUUUGAGAGAUGGCCUGGCAGAAAACAGGCUAUUUUCCGGCUACAUUCAGAAAGACGUCUUCAGAAAGACUUUCAGUAAAACCGGUACACCCCGCACUGGUUCCGGGGCUUUGAGACUUGAAUGUGAUAAUACUUGCAAAAUAACCUCGAGUUAUGUGCAAUAUUUAUAUUUUUAUUUCUUCUCUCCAGAAACAAUCUCUGCAGCAGUAUAAAUCUUCAGUUAUAUUUAACUAUAACUCUCAGUUCAGUUUUAACCCAAAUCACAUCCCUCUUUAUCACUCCUUUAUUAGUCUUUAUCAAUCCAUUAUAGCCUUCCUUUUUGUGUUCUCUGAAUUGUAUACUAAAAAUACCACUAAUAUGUGUAAAAAAAAAAAAACAAAGAAAAAAAAAGAAGAAAAGAAAAAAGGUUAUUUUUACUUUUUGUGUAUUCACAUAUUUUCCUACUUAAUUUCAUAAUUUCAUGCUACUGUGAUUAAAAUCAUUGUAAAUACUAAGUGAAAAAAAAGUGUAUUGUUAUUUUCGAUUGGAAUGUUAAACUUUGGUCAAACUUUGAACAUGGCUAUUAUCGAUUGUUAAAAAAAACGGUACACUGAUUGAUUGAUAGUUUGAAGUUUUAUUAAUCACACUUGUGCUUCAUGUCUACAGAAAUAAGAAAAAAAAAAUCAGAAUAUUCUGGGUGUAACUGCUAAUUUAAAUUGACAUAGUUUAUAAUGGUAUCAAAGGUUGUAUUUAUCAAUAGAUUUUUUUAAUAAGAAGUAUAAUUUUUUGCUAUGCCAUUUAUAAGUUUAGAUUUUUUUUUAUUAUUAUUAUUAUUUUCUAUUUUACCACCGUAUGGAAAACCGUUAUGUACAAGAAAAACAUCAUUUUAUAGUUGGGUUAGUCAUAAAUGUGCUGUUGUAGAUCAAGUGCAAUGUCUUAAUUAUUUGCAGCCGGCUAUUUAUAACAGUAGGCCUAAUUUUUAAGUAUUUGUAUUGUGAAAUGUUGAAUGAAUAAACUUAAUAGCAAGCACUGUA